GCAACGGGAGCUCACCCCGUCACAGGGAUUCGAACCGCCGACCUUCUGAUCAGCAAGCCCUAGGCUCAGGGCUUUGUUCUUUGAUAUAGCCAUAGGUUAAAACUGGCUCCUUCCUACUGGUGAAGUAAAGGUGGAAUGGCACAGAUCUCCUUUCAACCAAAGUGGAAAGGCUAUUAAAUUCUCCCCUGUGCAGAGUGAACGCCUGGUGUUACAGUCUGCACUAAUGCAAAUUCCUCCAGCCUCUUGGCUCACUUAGGCAACUGUAACUGUUUUGAGAUGUAAGCCACUAUCUAACUGUAGCAGCUGAAUAUAUUUGCAUUGGAAAGUAGUCCUCACUGGUGUAUAAUUGAGAGCUACCUGUGUGUAUUUGCAUUAGUAAGUGGCCUGGUGGUUUCUCUAGUCAGGAAUUCACUGCCACCCCUGGAGUCUGAUGGACACUUCAGCAUUAAUAGGAAUGUUUCUGCCACCUUUUGCCAACAUAAUCAGCCCCCUAUCAAAAGCAUCCUCUGACCCGUUUGAAGCUGUUCAUGCAGGCCUGUGAGCAAUGGUAGAUUUCUUGCUGCUUGGCUCUUCAGCGAUUGACAGGGGGGCGAGGGGGGUGUCAAGUUGGAAUGGGCUGCUUGUUAGCGGAUGAAGACAAAUUUGCACGUGGCUUUUAGGGUGUCUCUGGCUGGAGUCAGAUAAUCUCCUCCCCCCCCCCACGAGUUUGUUAAUUUUAUUUCAUAAAAUACAGUACUGCAUGAUUGUGAAAAAACAGAACAAAAACCCUCCAAAUGAGUUGAAGUGCUUUGAGAGAGGUUUUGAUGGGGGCACAGCAGUGCUGGCUGAUGGGGAUAGCAGUCCAACUGUAACACAGCCUUUGCCACCCUGGAGUCUUCCAGAUGUCUUGGAUGGCAACUUCCACUCAUUGGGAGCUGUGGUCCAAAACAUCUAGAGUGCACUAGGCUGGCAAAGGAUGUGUUACGGUAUAAACUGAUUGGCACACUUAGUUCCUGAUACUCUCUUGGAUCUGUUGACGCACCGUCCGGGAAAGGGACAGAACAUGUAGAAGGCGUGAGCUCCAACCCUUUCCCAAAAUCUUGGAGAGCCGCUGCCAGUUGGUGUAAGGAUGGACAAUGAAUCUGACUUGGCCUAAAGCAGUUCCCUAUAUUCCAGUUUGGGGGAGGGAUCACCCCCAUUCAGUCCAGUAGCAUCGUUUGGCUGAUCCCAGAUGCAUAAACCAAGGGGUGGGGGGAAUUGUGGAACAGGGUAUGUUGCUGGGUUCCAAAGGUGUGCACUAAACAGACUUUUCCACAUUUGUUCUUAUCUUGGUCUAUUUCUGAUCUGGUUGUAAGCACCUGCUCAACACUUGCCAAGGUUGCUGCCUGCCAUUCUCCCGAGAUCCAGCACUGAUCUGGCUUUUGUGCAGAGGGUGGGGUUUCCUGCAGCCACUGACUUUCAGACACCCGAUGGUACCAAAGUGGGUUUCUCCUUUGCUCGCAAUGCAGGAAUUAGAAGGGUUUGGCAGGAGUCUGGCCAGUCAGUUCAACCUGCCUCUGGCCAGCAGCACUUGGAGGAGGGGAUUGUUCCGGUUUGAGUUCCGCAGCCCCCAACUUGCAAGCUACCCAAGACAGCCUAACCAAAUAUACAAAUAGCCACAGUUGUCUGUUGCAGUGAACACAACAGGGUCUUGAGGGACCUUCAAGAUUAGGAUGUGUAUUAUUUAUGUCAGGGGUGGGCAAGGCAGAUUUCCGGGUGAUUUGAAGGCGAUCAGAAGCAUUUCUGACUCUCAGUUUGUUUAACAAUAGCAGCAACGAAACUCAGCCAGUUCUGGUACCCAGAACUAAUUUGUGGACUCCAAAAUAUUUGAUUUUAAGCACACAUAUUUUGCACCAUGAUCUAAUUGGUAGAUUUGGGGGAGUUAAUAAAAAACAAAGCAAACCCUGCAAGCCUGCUCACCAUCCCUGUAUUAUAGGGUGCACUUUGGUGGAUUACAGCAUCCACAACAUCAGCUGCCUGGACUUUUCCUCAUUUUUUUCAGAUGGGAAGGGGAGGUGACCUGUGGGGAGAAAUGGGAAGAGAAUGCAAAAUGCAAAGUUUGUGACCAUUCAGUUAAUGCUAAAAUGUAUGCAAUAUAAGCACAGUGGAUCAUUUGUGGAAGCAUUAAUUGGUGAGAUAACACAAUCAUUCUAGAUUUGCUGUGUUAUUUAAGAGCUGGAUAGAGCAGAUAGAGUCAAACUUCUUGAUAAAUUCUAAUCCAGCAUUUUCACACUGGAAUUUCUCUCUACAUUUUAAAGUUUCUUAUGACUGAGUACUGUACAGAUGAACCCCAAGUUGAGAGCUUUCUCCUGUGCCUCAAGGAGCUGAAUCUUUAUGAAAAAGGCAGCCCAGAGUCAAAGGGUUCAAAUAUAACUGGCCUGGAGGAGAAGCUGUUGAGUGCUGGAAUCUUCCUGCCCCAUUUAUUCCAAUUUUCACAUUUGCUUUUUAUAACUCAAGUCUGGUUUUUACAGGCAGCUGCUAACAUUAAGCAGUGAGCUAUUUUUAAAUUUGCAUAAAUUUAUAGUAGCCUAGCACAUCCAAAUCCACAUGAAUUCAGGGGUGAGGAAGGUUGCAUAAAAUGAUUUCAAGCGUAGUUUGCAGGGUGGUGGGGCAGGAGAGAGAGGCUAAUCUGCAAAAAGAGGUCUGGGGGCUGUAGCAUGUCUUGAGGUUGCAGCCUUUGACCUGAAGCAUUGCUGUGCUAUCCUGGAAUCCACGAGAAAUGCAUUCUGUACAUGUCCAGGGUGCUUAUUUUAUUACUCCACAGUUUCCCCUGAUUCCUUCAUGAAGUUAAGUAAGACCAGGUUUGAGGAACCUUCAGUCUGAGGGCCACAUUCCCUCCUGGCCAACCUUCUAGGGGCCACUUCCCAGUGGUGGGCAGUGCCAGAGGCAAAAGGGGGUGGAGCAAGGGGUGUCACCUUUAUUUCUGUACUGAAGGGACACCUGUGCAAAAAGCACCAUCAUGGUUGGGUGAUGCAGUUCCAGCAGGGAAGGGAGCACUCUAGGAGAGCACAGAGCAGAGCUGGCAAGAGGUGGGGUCCAGGGAGAAUCCCAGGGGCCUGGAGGGGCCGCACGUGGCCUCUAGGCUGACUCCAAAAUCCUUCUUUUCCAUGCUUCUCCCACAGUUGAUGGUGUCCGCUGAGAUCCAAGAUCAGGCUCUGCUUGGACUGUGCUUGGUGGCGGCAGUGGGGCUUCCUGGUGUAAUGGCCUUAGGUUCCCACAGUCCACUGACCCUGUUACUUGUUCCCUUUCCGGAGAUCCAUUUAUAUGCUUCUUUCUGCCACGAACUCUGCCUCCUUUGGGGACCUUGGGAGGAGGGAGGGCUCUUCCUGUUUCCCUUAAUGAAGAACAAUAGCAGCUGUGACUCCCACCAUCCCCAGGCCUGCUGAAUUCUAAAAAUGGUCUUGUCCAGGGCUUUUCAAAUGCUGCGUAACUCGCCCUGACCCGGCAUCUUAGAGGUGCUUCUGGGAAUGUGGGUUGUGUGCUCUGCAGCCAGUUCACACUUGUUCAUUUGCGCUUGACUUGCACUGGAGAUGUGAGCUCAAGCCCAGGGUGCCAAGAUGUGUGAUGUCUCUCAUUUAGUGCUGCAAUCUGUAAAUGAUGGAAGGUAUCCCUCAAGCCGAGAAGGAUAAAAACAAAGUUGCUAAUAGAGGAAUGCCCUUGGAGCAGGGGCGGAUAACCCCUUUUCAGCAGGAGGGCCACAUUUCCUUCUGGGGGCCGCAUCCCAGGGGUGGGUGGGACCAAAGGCAAAAGUAGGUGUAGCAACAAGUGAAUUUUAGCUUUAUAUCGUAGGCUAGUUUCUACACUGCUAUUUAUUCUCCCCUGCUAUUUAUUCUCUGCCCUGGCAAGUGAGAGGCAUGAUCAGAGGUCCAAGACAGCAGUCCAGCCAGGCAAGAACCCUCAAGGAAGGUGCAAAGCAGGGAUGGUCUUGGGCAGCAGCUAGUCCUGCUAGCUAGGGAUGAUCAGUGCAACAACAACUGGGGGACCCAAGUUUGAGAAACAAUGUUCUAGGGCAGGCACCCCCAAACUGCUGCCCUCCAGAUGUUUUGGCCUACAACUCCCAUGAUCCCUAGCUAACAGGACCAGUGGUCAGGGAAGAUGGGAAUUGUAGUCCAAAACAUCUGGAGGGCAAAAUUUUGGGGAUGCCUGUUCUAGGGGAAGAGGGUUUGGCUGUGGAGGAGGUACAAACCCAAUUGCCUCAGAUAGAGCCUCAAAGGGUCACAUUGUACAGACUUAGUGGGGCCACAGGGUAUACUUCUAGUUACCACAUCUCUGAAAAGGGUGGUGAUGAUUGUCAAGGGAUAUAUCACAACAACGGGGGGGGGGGUUAGUGUAGAAAAAAGAUGUAUGGGCAUGUGGAGGAUAACAGAGGUUUAUCAAAGGAUAGAGAAAGUGAACCCCCCCUAGCCCCCCCUUUCAUAACACUCGAAUCAAGACUCCUGCAAUGAAGCUGAAAUGCUGGGAGAUUCCUGGACAGAGGAAAGGAAGCACUGCUUCAUGCAUGUAAACUAGGAAUUUGCUGCUGUGUAAGAUAUAGUGAUCACUACCUACAAUACUUAGGGAUUAGGCAAAUUCACACAGCAGGAAGCUAUCAGUGCCCACUGUCUUGGGUGUAUCUUACCUCCAGGAGAGACCGCAUUGCAUUCCAAGGAAUGCCUAGGAAUGCCAGCAGGAGGAGAUGCUACUGCACUCAGAGCCUGAGGGUGGGUUUCUGAGGGGCACCUAGCUGCCCACUCUGGGAAAUGGGGUGCUGGACGUGAUAGGCCUUGGCUUUGAUCCAGGUUCUCAUGUGUGCAUCACUACAAAGAAUUCACCAUGUCUAGGUCCCUGCAUGCACAGUGGGGUCUCUCUAGUUGUGACAAUCCCUCUCAGUGCUCUACAACGUCUGAUUCUUUUUCAUGUUCAAUGGAGAAUGCAGCAGCUAGUUCAAAAAAGGAAUUGCCCUCCAACCCCAAAAGAAGAUAAUGGACUAUUUUUGACUUGUUUCCCCCCAUCUGGGAUGGAGCCAGGCGUAGCCAAUGCCGUGUCCUCAAAUCUUGUGGUCUGCAACUCCAUCAUUCCUGCCCCUUGGCUGUGCUGACUGGGGCUGGUGGGCGCUGUCGUCCUCCCCUUUGUGGCUUCAUGGAGUGAACCUGCUCUCUACCCCAGGUAUUCGGGGGCCUGUCUACUCCACAGUUAAGGUGCAGGCACACUCUAACCAGGAACUUCUCCUAUGCAAACCCAUUUGAAAGGGACAGGAACUGUGCCAGAAUGCUGCUCUUUGAGAGGAAGUGCAUUCUGCUCCAAGAAAGUAUGCCCCAUAAUACAGUUGACGCUCGGGUUGUGAACGUGAUCCAUGCAGGAGGCACGUUCGCAACCCGCAGCACUGCGUCUGCGCACACACGGGUUGUGAUUGGGUGUUUCUGUGCAUGCGCAAAGCGCCGAAAGACGAAAAUAACCCGUUUGGGUACUUCCGGCUUCAGCGUGGGGCACAACCUGAAGCGUCUGUAACCUGAGGUAUGACUGUAAUACUUUUGGUAGUCUUUAAGGUGCUACAAUGUUUUUUGGUUUUGUUUACAAACUAGGGUUGAUAAAGUGAAAUGCAGCCCGAGUAGGGCAAGGUGAUUGGGUUGAGUUAAUGAAGAUUCACCUGUGGAGGAUGCACCAGAAAGACCACCCAGCAUCCAUGAGCAGGGGCAUCUUGAUGUCCCCCUCAGUUCCACAACAGUCAACAUUAGAACUCUGCUUCGGUGUAAUUUGGUGGUCCUUGAUGUCGUCCAGGAUAAAGAAAUCCACAUUUCUCCGUGUCUUGACCUACUGCAUUUUUGUCCAUGCUUUUCUGCUGUGUGUGUGUGUGGGGGGGUACCUUCCCUCGUCCCACAUCAAUGCUUAUUUGGGGAUUGUGACACAUGAUGGGUGUGUUGUUUACUGAUCCAUUACCCGCCUCUGCAGCCUCCUCCUGUCUUCUUGGGAAUUUCUGAAAUAGAACUUGGCAAUGGCCUGGUGGAGACCAUUGGCGUGCCUGGCAUCUGAAUGGUUGUUUCAGCUGCCAGCAAGUGAGAUGUCUCUUCCGGCCUCCCCCCCUCCCCCAUAAGUAAAGUUUUCCAUGGGUCACUCACUCCCCAGCUUCUGGCUAUUCCUAGCCAUCUUGGGCUGAAGGUGCCGGGUUGGCUCAGUGGCAUGUGAACCGGAAAGCCACUGGCGAUGGCUGACCCUGCUGUUGCAUGCUAAACUGGAUCUUUUGAGCGAAUGUGCUCUGUCCCUGCCUCCCACCCCAUUCCAUACAGGAAAGCGGAGCAGGAUGGUGGCUGAAUCUCUUGCUUCAACACAGACAACAGAACAGGCUCCUCUGCGGCACGCAAGAGCAGCAGGCAUACUUGGGGGACAGAUUUCUUGCUGGAUCCGGCCUCUGGCCCACCUAGUUUGGAGGCCUAAAAAGCAGGACCUGAGCACAACAGCACUGCCUACAUGUGAUGCCAGGAUCUGGCCUUCAGAGGCGCACUGCCUCCCACAGUGGGGGUGGGGCAUAGCCACCGUGACCAGUAGCUAUGGGUGGAUGUGUUGUGCACGGAGCACCAAAGCCUUUGCUCCUGCUUCCUGCCUCCCAGCAGCUUCAGCCAUAGGCUGGGCUGGACCUUCAGGGCAGCUGUGUCUAUGCUGGGAAAGGGCCAUAGCACCUGCCUUGCAACCAAAAGGUCCCAGGUUCAAUCCCCAGCAUCUCCAGGUAGGGUUGGCAGAGACUCCUGCCUGAAAUCCUGUAGAGCCGCUGCCAGUCAGUGUAGACAGUGCUGAGCUAGAUGGAACAUAUAAGACAGCUUUUUGUGUUCUGUGCUGUUUCUGUUCCUGAUAGGGUUCCUUCCUAGUUGAUACUUCACUUUUGUCAGCCUGCACCACUGCUUUUCCCUGAAGAUAAAAAAAGGAAGACAGGAACCCUAGCUUUGAGACUCUGCUGGCAUGAAGUGGUAGCUUCUGAACAUGUACAGAGUGCCUUUCUUUGCUGUGAACUAGUAGCCAGCUUUUGGUUGGAUUGAGGAUCAGAAGCCUUCCCUUCUCUCCUUCCCUCCCAUGCCGCCUUUCACGGCACCUUGCAUCCUUCCCAGAGUUGAUGGGGGGGGGGGAGAGGGGUGAGUUUGGCCAGGCAAGGCUGCCUUUGCCAGAGAUUGCAGAAGACGUGAUCCAUCUGCGUUCUUGGUAGUGAGGCGGACUUCGCCCCCAGGGGCAGAGGAAGGUGUGGUUGCAGUUCCGACUCAGCUGGAAAAGGAAAACACUGCUGCUUUUUUGGAACUGUUAAUUGUUUCGUUCUCUCCCCCCUGGUUCCUGCACGGAGCUGACUCAGCGCUGGCCUCAUUCUGAAGACAGGAAGUGGUUAAAAGUACAGGAAAGCCACAAGAAAUGGGAUUUGACCGACGAGGGAGGCUUAUUUGGGGAGAGUUGGAUCGGAGGAUUUGUGGGCCCCUGACGGAGAGAGAGGAAGGCGUUGCAGCAAGAGCCUCCUCGUAAGGCAGCGGGAGAAGCAGGAGCCUUGCAUCCUGGUCAGCAUGGCCACCAGCCCAGCCCUGGGCAUGUGCUUCCUGGCCUCUCUAGUUCUGAGUGUGGACGCCUCCUCCAUUAGCAACUGGUGGAACCUGGUGCCCCGGAAAACAGUCCCCUACAAAGACCUGAGGGAAGUGACGAAGCGCUUCUCCAAGAUGGGGGUGUUCAACUACACAACACUGACCCUGGCUGACCCCAAAGGGCUGCUUUACGUGGGGGCUCGAGAAGCCAUUUUCGCCCUCCGCACCAACAACAUGGAGCUUGAGGAAAUGAUCCAUUGGGAGGCUCCAGCAGAGAAGAAAGCAGAGUGUAUCCAAAAGGGCAAAAGUAAUCAGACUGACUGCUUCAACUACAUCCGCUUCCUGCAGAGUUACAACAGCUCCCACAUGUAUGCCUGUGGGACUUAUGCCUUCCAGCCCAAGUGUGCCUACAUUAAUCUGGCCACCUUCUCCUUGGACAGACUCUCCUUUGAAGACGGAAGGGGGAAGUGCCCCUAUGACCCCGACAAGGGGCACACGGGCCUCAUUGUGGGGGAAGAGUUGUAUUCAGCGACACUCUACAACUUUCUGGGUACGGAACCUGUGAUCCUGCGCAACCUGGGCCCCCAGUAUUCUGUCAAGACUGAGCAUCUGCCCACAUGGCUCAAUGAACCCCACUUUGUGGGCUCGGCCUUCGUCCGGGAGAGCAAAGGCAGUGACAGAGGGGAUGAGGACAAGGUCUAUUUCUUCUUCAGCGAGCGGGCGGUGGAGUACGACUGUGACAUAGACCAAGUUGUGGCCCGGGUAGCCAGAGUCUGCAAGGGGGACGUGGGUGGCGCCCGGACGUUGCAGAAGAGGUGGACGACGUUCCUGAAGGCACGGUUGUUGUGCUCUAUUCCGGAGCAGCAGCUGCAUUUCAAUCGGAUCCAGGGAACGUACACUCUGAGUGGGGAUCAUUGGCCUGAAACGAGCUUUUUCGGAGUCUUCCAAGCACGCUGGGGAGAUAUGGAUGUUUCUGCCGUCUGCCAAUACCAGAUUCAAGAGGUGCAGAAAGUGUUUGACGGUCCCUACAAAGAGUACAGCGAGGUAGCUCAGAAGUGGGUUCGGUACUCGGACCAAGUGCCCAGUCCUCGUCCUGGAGCAUGCAUCACCAACUCCCUGGAGCUGCCUGACAACACGCUCAAUUUUGCAAAGAAGCACCCCCUGAUGGAUAAGGUGGUCCCUCCCCAAGGCAACCGGCCUUUGCUGGUCAAGAAGGAGGCCAACUUCACCCAGCUGGUGGUGGAACGGGUUCAUGGCUUGGAUGGCAAACCGUAUGAAUUGCUCUACAUUGGCACAGAUAAUGGCUGGCUGCACAAGGCCGUGGUCUUGCCAUCGGGUGUCCACCUGAUCGAAGAGCUGCAGAUCUUUGAGCAAGCCCAGCCUGUCAAGAGCCUAGUGUUGUCCCUGCAGAAGAGGGUGCUGUUUGUUGGCUCCAACUCCCAAGUUAUCCAGCUUCCUGUGGCCGACUGCAGCAAGUAUCACAGCUGUUCUGACUGCAUCCUUGCUAAGGACCCUUACUGUGCCUGGACAUGGAAUGGGAGUCGCUGUGUUCGCAUAGAUGCCUAUGAUGGGACCUCGCUGCUGUUCCAGGAUUUGGGAGUGGAGUCUGGGAUUUGCAGCCCCCUGCGCACGUCAAAAUCAGGAACCAAAGUCAUUCCUAAGAACAUCACAGUGAUGGUGGGCACAGACCUGGUCCUGCCUUGCCGCCCAACCUCCAACCUGGCCCAGGCUCGCUGGACCUUCAAUGGGCAGGAGUUGCCUGAGGAGCGGGACUCGGUCCUGUACGAUGCCCACCUCAAGGCGCUGAUCAUCUUGGGCACCAGUCUGAAGCACAGCGGGCUGUACAGGUGUGUCCAGCUGGAGGAACGCAAUGAGCUGAUGUCCGAGAGCUACAUCGUCACCGUGGUCUCUGGCCCAGCCAUGACUCUGGAAGCACGAGCCCCUCUGGAGAACCUGGGCCUGGUGUGGAUGGUUGUGAUCGCUCUGGCCGCCGUGUGCUUGGUGCUUCUGUUGGUGGUGCUGUCCCUGCGGCGCAGGCUAAAGGAAGAGCUGGAGAAGGGUUCCAAGGCCAUUGAGAGCACCUUGGUCUACCCCAUCGAGCUGCCCAAGGAGGCGAAGAGCCCCACCUUCAUUCCCAGCACCACCUCGGACUCGGAUGAGAAGCUGUGGGACCCAGCCAGCUACUACUACUCCGAUGGGUCCCUGAAGAUCGUCCCAGGCCAUGCUGUGUGCCAGAACGGAGGCACCACGCCCUCUCCCACCACCAAUGGCAUCCCCGGGCAGCCCCUGCAGUCUCCCCCGCUCCACUCGCCCAACCGCAUCAACCUGGGCAACAUCCGCGGCUCUUCCUCCAACGGCUACAUCCGCCUCAACCUGGGCGCCGAGGAGCGGCCAGACUACAGCGACCUGGCGGAGGAGCUGCGCCGGAAGCUCAAGCAGAGGCAAGCUCUGCCCGACUCAAAUCCCGAGGAGUCGUCCGUAUGAGCAGCGCUGUGGACUGGGCUGCCAGUGUGUUAUUACUCAACUACCUCAUAAACUAGGCCGGGAUCACUGCCCCAGGCUGGUUCUACUACUUUUUUUAAGAAAAGAAAAUCCUAUUUAAAUACUUCCUUCAGACACUCCGGACUCCAGUUUUUAUACACUGCCAAGAAGCCAUUACAGGCUGCUCCUGCCUCAUUCAGUGUUUUCAGCUGUGCUUCCUUCUGAGAAAUCCCCGGGGCUUUGGGGGAGCGUGUUCAACUCUUCCUCUGCCUUGGAUGAGCCUGGACCUCAUUGGAGACUUAACCAUUGCACUGGCAGACCCAAUAAUUCAGGCCUGUCCCCCCACCCACCACCAAAACGGCUCUGUAGCUGGUGGCAGUGCGGACAGCAUAAGGCAGGGCAGAGUCUUGUUCCCAGUACACAGCUGCCGUUGGCGCCAUGCUGUUCUGCUUGUCACUUCCCUCUCCUGUGCGGACCAGGAAACCACCAGCCAUAUGCAAUAGUUGGGCCAGGGUAGCUGAGAGUCUGUGCCCAUGCCUCUGAAGGAAACACUGAGGAUUAACAUGAAGGUGUAUAACCCCCCCCCCCGGGUGUAAUGCCGCAAAGGGGGGGGGGCUGCAUGUGUGGGGCUGGGCCUUUUCAAGCUUAGAUGCCUUGGUGAGAGCGCAAAGGGGUUGGGGUUGAGAAGAACUGAGUUCCAGUGAAGACUUGCAAUAACUGAGCUGGAGGCUGCUUUGCCUGGAAAAGACCCACCUUUUGUCAAGGGGUGGGCCAAAGGGUGGCACCGCCAGGGAAGGGGAGCAGGAUCUGGGUCUGCCCAAGGGAUUGUGGUGAGGUCAAGGCAGAAAGUUUUGAGUGGCAAUCUCCCGUCCUGCUAAAGCCUUUCAGGCUUCUAUUCAACUCAGUGGGGCUUCUGCAGGAGACCUGCCCAGUAAAUCACACCCUUCCCAGUCUGUGUGGCCCCCUCCCCAUGGCACCCACCUCCAGAUCUGCCACCUGUGGUGACCACCUUUACUUACCCCGUGGUAAGACAUGCUUCUGGAGGGAGGGAGAGAGAACCCGUGUGUGUGUGUGUGUGUGUGUGUGUGUGUGUGUGUGUGUGUGAGAGAGAGAGAGAGAGAGAGAGAGAGAGAGAGAGAGAGAGAGAGAGAGAAAUGCCUCUUCCUUCAAAGCAAUUGACUGCUGUGACUAAACUGAGCUUCCUCCCUUCUUUUGGGGGGAUGAGGAGCAUGCAGUGUAGAUACCCCCCACUCCCCUGGCUGGAUCCCUGCCUGGUAACCAAGCCCUCAACACAGCCAGACCCUUCCCCUAAACCUGCAUGCCUCACACCACUGCCAGCAGCUGACUUCACCCCCUCCUCUCUUUUUACCCUUUUUUUAAGCCAAGAAAAACCCCAUGUAAAUAAUAAGAGGGGCCUCUUGAUAACAAGGGUCUCUUGCUUGCCCCUGCCCCCCUUCCCCAGGCAAUUCGUGUAAUUUAUUUGUUACUGAAAUAUAUUUAUUUGAUGUAAAUAUCUGAAUAUUUUUAUAUUAAUAAUAAAAUGGAGAAUAAGAAUAACAUGAUGAGUACCAUGUUCAUCGGGGGUGUGUGUGUGUGUGUGUUCUCUUCCAUUGCAGAACAUGCCUUCUCAGGAGAAGAGUGCGCAUUAUAUGUUAUUAAUAAUAAUUGACGGCAGGAAUUGUAAAAAUCUCAUUGGGUGUACACUGCAUUUUACAGAACAGAAGAGGUCCUUGCCCCAAGCAGACUGCAAUCUAAAUCUUGAUGGGAGAAGUAGGGAGAGAGCAGAAAAUUGGGAGAAAAAAAGGUGAAUGUGGUGUGUAUCCAGGACCAGCCCUACUUGGGAGUAGACCCAUGGACAUAAAAUGACAUGGCUAACUUAAGUUGAUUGUUUUCAGUGGAUCUCUACAUCACAUUUGGAAGAAGAGAGUGAGGCAAAAACGUCAUCUUGGGAGGAAGGCUGAAUAAGGGCCAUAUAUUGGGAUAUGGUGGUGGGUAAUUUCAGAUUGUCUCUUCUCGAAAACGAAAACCUGACAAAUCGCUGUGUGAUUAUGCUAACCUUUGCCAAACACCAGAUAUUUUUGACAACAACACCCCAGUGUAUCUAAGGGGUGACGAGACCUGUAGUUCAAAACAUCUCGAGGGCGCUAGGUUGGUGAAGGUUGGUUUUCUGCAAUUUUUAAAUUCCUGGCUAUGAUGCAUCUCAGAUGAUGAAUUGCCCAAGACAGGACAAACUCUUCUUUUUCUGCCCUGUGGAGGCCACUCCUGGAUAUCUCGCUGUCCUUUCGUUGGCUUUCCCGUCAACUGGGCCUCUUUCCCUGUGAUCUUCGAGGCCUGCCCUUGUGACAGCCUGCCAGCCUUUUCCCUUUCGCUUGUGAGCUCAUGGAAAAAGAACAGCAGGGCUAUAAAAGGGCAUUUCUCUGUUCCCAGCACUCAGAGGGCCAAGCAGGGAGGAGAGGGGUGGGGUGGUAGAGCCUGGUUCUCCCUGCUAGGGGAGGAAAGAACCAGAACUCCCAGGAAGCAGCUCUCUGGGCUCUGUUGUCACAACUGCCAGUUUAAUGCAUUCCCCGCUCCUGUUGAUUCGAACACGCAUUUAUAAAUAUAUUAAGGAUGGAAGUAAUGGUGUGUGUUGCAACAAAUUUCUCCUCCCCCACUUAUCCUGCCUUGAGCUUCCAGUCUGGGAAAAUAACCCAUAGUACAGUUUCCCCCUGCUACACAUGAGGCACAGAUCAGGCAAUCAGCAAACCUUGCAAUGAAGAGAUUAAAUUGGGUGUUAAAAAAGGUUUUGCAAGCAAGCUUCUGGAGUGGAACCUGGAAUCUCAAGAUAUCUGCGCUUCCCCAGCUUGUGACCUAUUCUGGCCUCUCAGCAUUCAGUUCCUUAUUUUCAUAGCACUUACGACAACUUUGCCAAGAGUAAGGCAGACCGGUUAGUGUUUUUGUGUGUAUCAAUUAACAUGGUGCUUCAGCAAAAAAUUGACUAGUCUCCACCACCAAAAUAAUUUAAAAUCUACAUUUUGACAGGGGAAAAUGGUGAAGAGA